UGUAGGCUUCCGUCGCCUAAUGGAACAUCUAGAACCGCGAUACAGUCUACCAUCGUGUAAAUACAUUUCUGAAACAGCUUUGCCUGAGUUGUAUUCUAGAGUGUCCUCGCAAAUGUUGCGGACCAGUUAAAAGAUGUAAAGUCUUUGAGCUUCACUACGGAUAUUUGGAGCUCCGACGUGUGCCCCAUGACCCUUUUGAGUUUAACAGCGCAUUGGGUGAAUUCUGGUUAUGCUUUGCAGAGUGCUGUGCUACAUGCUAAAGAGUUGCGAGGGCCACACACAAGCAGCGUGAUUUCAGCUUCAAUCAAAGAAAUGAUGGAUGGAUGGAAAAUCCCUCUUUCCAAAGUACAUGUAAUUUUGAGGGACAAUGCCAGUAACAUGAAGAAGGCAAUCAAAGAUUUGGGGGUCCCUAGUUUGGGGUGUGUCGCGCAUUCAUUUCAGCUUGUAAUUAAUGAGGGGCUUCUGUCGCAACGGAGCGUAAGCGAUGCACUUGCAGGUGCGAGAAAGAUUGUGGGGCACUUCAAACAUUCCCCAUCAUCUUACUCUUCAUUGGAGGAUAUUCAGCGCGAACUUCACUUGCCUGUGAAACGUCUACAGCAAGAUGUCAAAACCCGAUGGAACAGUACGUUUUACAUGAUUCAGAGUAUGCUUGAACAGAAGCGUGCUUUAAGUGCAUUCGCUGCCGACCACGAGCUGCCUGCAACACUGACAGCAAACCAAUGGGGAUUGCUGGAGAAGACCGUGAUUGUACUGUCACCAUUCGAAGAACUUACCAGAGCCAUAAACUCAUCCCAAUCUUCCACGGCGGAUGUUAUUCCAGCAAUUGUGGUUUUGAAACGUCUGCUAUCUCAGGAGAGAGACACCGACAGCGGGAUUAAAACAAUGAAAAGUACUCUACUACAAGCGGUCAAUGAAAGACUCUGUAACAUUGAGGAUGAGCCACUUUUCUCCGUUGCCACUUUGCUUGACCCACGGUGCAAAGACAGAUACUUUACCAGUGCAGAUGCUGUCAUUCAUGCAAAAAAUGCACUGACAAAAGAGGCUGAAAAGAUCGAAGAUACACUGAGGACAGCAACUACUGCAGCAGGUCCAGCAGAGGUAUCUCAUAUGGAAGCAAGUGGGUCAAGUGGACACACAAGCAAGAGCACCUUCACAAUGAUGUUUGAUGAAGUUCUCCAGGACCAACAAGAAUCUGCACGAGAGAUAGCUACCACUAAUGCCCUUAAUCAAAUACAAACAUAUCUGACAGAGCCAAUUACACCCCGAUCUGAUAGCCCAUUCUGUUACUGGGCAGUGAAUCAUGUUCGUUUCCCUGCCCUUGCUGCUACUGCAUCAGUGUUUCUCUCUGCCCCCUGUACCAGUGUUGAGAGCGAAAGACUGUUUAGCACUGCAUCCAACAUUGUAGAUGAAAGACGGAACCGACUUCUAGUCGAAAGAGCAGAAAUGCUAAUAUUCCUAAAAAAAACCUGUCAUUGCUGUUUAACCUUAAAACAGAUAAUGUCACUUGAAGUCUAUACUUAA